CCCCAGCAUGAGUGUGUAUGUGUAUGUGUGUGUGUGUGUGUGGGAGAGAUAUUGAGAAGGGACCACCAGUGAGUACAGGGUGUUAGGGAGUAGGGCAAAGAGAAUGAUGGGUUGACCUUUGGAAAACGUCUCACCUGAAAACAUGGAGAACAUGGAAGCCAAAAAGGUCCUCCAUUUUGUGCCAGCUGAGGCUCCAUCAGCCGGGAGGUCCAAGAAUGGAUAUGUUUUCCAAGAGAUGGAGCUGCAGGAUGGAGAACAGGAGGAUUACGGGCAAGAUUCACCUGUCACUCACAAGGACCACGUGUAUGACAACCAGAUCCAGAUUAGUGUGUCAGAUUCUGACGGCCAUGAGUUUGGGCUUUUAAAUACAACAAGAAAACAUGUGAAGCCAAUGAACUUCCAGGAUGAAGUGCGUGCCCACAGAGACCUGGACAGCUUCCUGGCUCAGGCAAGCAUCCUCUUGGAUGAGAAAGCUGCCACUCUGGACGAGGUCCUGAGAAGAAUGUUAAGUCAUGUGGCGGAGGACGGCCAUGGGGGCUAUGACGUGGAUGAGGUCAUGAACUCGCUGUUCACAGAUGCAGGAGGGAGGGAUUUUAACGUUCAUCUUCUGUCAGAGACCAUUCAAGGUGUGACUGCUACUUCCACUGGCAUUCGUUACCAGCAGUCCUGGCUUUGUAUUCUCUCUAAUGUGAGGGUCCUGCAAAGACGUCAUGUCUGCAUUGCCCGUCUGGAGAGGCCACAGAACUGGGGAGUCAACUGCUGCGAGGCUCGUUAUGUCAUCCUCAUCCUGGCCCCUCCCAGAACGAAAAGCACCAAGACAGCCAUUGAACUCGGCAGAACAUUUGCCACGAUGUUCUCCGAUAUUUCCUUCAGACAGAAGCUUCUGGACGCUAAGACCGAGGAGGAGUUCAAACAAGAGCUGGUCUACCAGCGACAGCAGCUCUCCAUAAUCAGUGAGAAGCCGGUUGUAGAGGAAGUGGAGGACUCAGAUCCACGCAAAGGCAAACCACUUCAGUGCAAAGAUUUCUUCAAGGCUGGUAAAGGGGUUUACAGUGACCUCCGUCGCAGACUUCCUCUCUAUCCAUCAGACUUCACAGAUGGUAUAACAGGGAAGGACCGCUGUCUGCUGAAGUACACUACCACUGCCAUUUUCCUCUACAUCGCUAUUCUACUGCCUGCUAUUGCCUUUGGCUCAUUGAACGACGAAAGCACCAGAGGAGAGAUAGAUGUUCAGAAGACCAUUGUUGGACAGAGCAUUGGCGGAGUGAUCUAUUCUUUGUUUGCUGGCUCACCACUUGUCAUACCACUGACCACUGCACCACUGGCCAUCUUCAUAAGCGUGAUCAGAGGCAUCUGCGAUGACUAUGACCUUGACUUUGAUUCCUUCUAUGCCUGCAUUGGUUUAUGGAACAGUUUGUUCCUCAUCCUCGGAGGCCUAUUCAAUGUCAGCCUGCUGAUGAAACUGUUCAAACGCUCAACAGAAGAAGUCAUUGCACUGUUCAUCUCCAUUGCAUUUGUCGGGGAUGCAGUGAAAGGCACCGUCAAAAUUUUUCAGCACUUCUACCACGGGCCCACACUGGCUACCACAAACAGCACGCUGGUGCUCCAGGAGAUUACUGAGAUUCUUGAGAAGAUGAAGAACCAGACGGGAAACACGCCCGGGCAUCAUAAUGAGACUGGGCCAGUGAUGGGACACGCAGAUGAAUAUACGUCAAUCUUCCUGCCUGAGUCUCUGGUGUUAUGCUCAAGAGAAAGGCCCAUCCUCUGUCUGCUGCUCAUGCUGGGGACUUUGUGGCUGGGCUAUGCCCUCUACCUUAUUAAGAGGAGCCCAUAUCUGAAUGACAAAAUCAGAGAGGUGGUGUCAGACUGUGCUUUGCCUAUCUCUGUGGUGAUAUUCUCCUUCAUUGGCUCCUACCUUUUCCUUGACAUACAGCUUCCUGUGUUCAGUGUCCACAAUGGCCCGAUCUUCAGAUACCCUGCAUUUGACAAGUUGACAGGAAUGAACACACUGAGUGCUGUGGGGCUGGGUUUUCUCCUCGCAUUGCUCAUCUUCAUAGACCAGAACAUCGUCAUUUCGCUUACACAUGUACCAGAACACAAGCUGUUAAAAGGCACAGCAUUCCACUGGGACUUAAUGCUGACUGGCUUCAUCAACAUCCUCAUGUCCUGUCUUGGGUUGCCAUGGAUGCACGCUGCCUUCCCACAUUCCUCCCUACACGCCCGUCAGCUGGCCAAAGUGGAACAGCACGUAGAGAACGGACACCUCUACACGACUAUCGUCAGUGUAAAGGAAACACGUCUGACCUCACUGGCGGCCAACAUCCUCAUCGGCCUGUCUGCGUUCAUGCUGCCCAUCCCUCUGCAGUGGAUCCCCAAGCCCGUCCUCUACGGCCUCUUCCUCUACAUCGCAGCCACUUCACUUGAUGGGAACCAGAUGGUGGACCGUAUGGCCCUGCUGCUGAAGGAACAGACUUCUUAUCCUCCCACCCACUACAUUCGCCGUGUGCCUCAGAGGAAGGUCCACUACUUCACAGCGCUGCAAAUGAUCCAGCUGAUCAUCCUGUGCGCCUUUGGGAUGUAUCCUCUGCCCUACAUGAAGAUGGUCUUCCCCCUCUUGAUGAUCCUGCUUGUCCCUAUCAGGACCAGUCUGCUCCCUAAAGUAAUCGACGCUAAGUAUCUGGAUAUCAUGGACGCCCAGCAUAUGUAAAACAAGAACAGCAACCUUCAGAAAAGAUUCAUUAUCUCCUGUGAAAGGGAAAAAGACUCAGAAGUCACUGAUUGUUAACGACUGAAUGGAGCGCAUUUGGACUGCAAGAUUUCAAUGCAAGCACUCUGCUGGUGGCGGAAGUGGUCGAAUGACCAUUUAACACCCCUCACUUGCUUUCUCAUUGUUGAAAACUCAUUUACUGUCAUAUCAGUGUAGCUGAUUUUAAUAUGUAACAUUCCUACACUGUAUGCAGCAAUAUAGUCAUGAAUUACUUUAUUCUGUUUUGCUUCUUGGCACACACACACAUACACACACACACACAUACAUACGCAUACAUCUGUCUUGAGCUCGUAACUGACAGGUGCGCUAGUUAAUGUCAGAGACAUUUUUUCUAAUAUUUAAAAAAUGUUAAUCAUUCAUUUUAGGCUUCAUGUUGUCUAAUAGAGAGCUGCAUGGUUUGUGUCCUCCUUGAGUUUCAAGUGUAACGUUGGUGAGGUGAUCUGGGGUAUGGAAAUUUCAGUGUAAGUAAUUUUACCACCGUAGAAAAUCCAUUAAUCAUUUAACUGACCGAAAGGAAUUCCUCCCUGUUAAAACAUGCAGAGUGGAGUGUAUUCCCACAUCGGUAAAGUUUUAAUCAAUCACACUGAAGCCAGAUUUCUCAAGAUACAUGUCCCAGUCUUUUAGAUGUGAAAAAAUUAUAUUUGCAUUUUAAGGGGACACGUAACAUGAUGACGUAUGUUAUUAUAAAGGUCAUGUGGGGAAUAAACCAAACUGUUGUAAAACAAAUAAAACCCUUUAAAGGAA